CCGCAAAAAUUGUACAGUUCAUCGAAGGACGUGGCGAAGCAGAACGCAGAAGUCAACCCCCAGCAUCAGUGGAAAUAAACGUAACUUCUCAUGGGGGAAUACGGAGUAGGUUUACAAUCACUUUCGCCUGUGGAUUUUAAUCGGUUUUCAAACAAUCAGUCGUUGUUCUCACCCGAAAACUCGCCGCGUACGAUGCAAGAUGAAAUUGCGGCCGAAAAGUCGGCUGCUAAAGCGCAGCAACUGUCACCUUCAGCGAACCAUAUUUCGGAUCAAAACGAUGCAUCGUUUGCAAAAAGUGAACAGUCUGUGUUGAAAAAUUCACAUUUGGACGGUAAAUUAGUGGAAAAUAACAUUAUAUUCUCGUCUGCCCACUCGCAACUUGAUGCCAACACCCAGUUGAUCACGUCGCUAGCUAACGCAAGCCAAGGCAAUUGGAUCACACAAUAUGACGUUCUUCAGGGGGCGUUUCAAAAUGUGAAUGGAUCUGUGGGGUAUCAGCCACCCUCAAAUAUCAUGGUAAACACAAAUGCUGGCAUGAUGCAGAAUCAUGUUAUUAUGCCACAUCAGUCCUUGAGCCAAAGGCGAGCAAUCACGGCCCAGCAUAAUUUUGCACAGCGUCCGAUGCAGCAGCAUACAAUGAUUCCGAAUAACGCCAAAAACUACCCACAAUGGAGCAAUGCACACAGCCAGAGUACAUUGUCUCCGUAUGAAAACCUUCAGCUUCAGCAACAGUUGAGAAGGUCUGUACCAAACAUGAACAUUCCGAACUUUGCACAGAUGAAGACAAUAAAGGCAUUUCCGCAAUCUCACUCUCAGCAAAAUCUGGCCCCGUCCAAAUUCCGUAGGAGUACAUCGUUUCCAAGCCAGAUGCAUAGGGCAGCAUUUAUAAAGCCCCAGAUGGACUUUGUUGGGUUAGACGAUAUGGCCCGUGAAGCUCCCAUGACAUACCCAGAUCGCAGUAGUGCGUAUGACACAAUGAAGUUUACUAACUUUGAGUCACAAUUGAUGGACAUAAUGAGGACCACGACUAUGGACCAGGCAGACCAAAUAAAAGCCAGGAAUUUCAGACAGCUGUUGGCUGGCAAAGUCCACCAUUUCUUGUUCAAUGAGGACAUCCCUCUCACAGAGGAGUGCAAUCUAGACCAGACGGUUCCCAGCUUGGGCUCUCCUGUCAACACAUCACCAGGUUGUGAACGCGUUGAACGAUUCUCGCGAAAAGUGUUUGUGGGCGGUCUACCACCCGAUAUAGAUGAAGAGGAGAUAACCCUAGCCUUCCGUAGAUUUGGGCCUGUAGUUGUAGAUUGGCCGCACAAAGCUGAGAGCAAAUCCUACUUUCCACCAAAAGGCUACUCUUUCCUGCUGUUCCAAGACGAGGUUUCCGUCCAGAGCCUCAUAGAGGCGUGCAUUGUAGAUGAUGACAAGCUGUAUUGGUGCGUCUCCAGCCCUACCAUGAAAAACAAGCCGGUUCAGAUUCGUCCAUGGAACCUCAGUGACUCUGACUUUGUGAUGGAUGGUUCCCAGCCCCUUGACCCCAGGAAGACCAUCUUUGUGGGCGGGGUACCGAGGCCUCUACGAGCAGUGGAGCUAGCCAUGAUCAUGGACAGACUGUAUGGGGGUGUCUGCUAUGCGGGUAUUGACACGGACCCAGAACUGAAGUACCCCAAGGGCGCCGGGCGGGUGGCAUUCUCUAAUCAGCAGAGCUACAUAGCAGCUAUCAGUGCCAGAUUUGUGCAGUUGCAGCAUGGAGACAUUGAUAAGAGAGUCGAGGUGAAGCCAUAUGUACUAGAUGACCAGAUGUGCGAUGAAUGCCAGGGUGCCCGAUGCGGAGGCAAGUUUGCGCCAUUCUUCUGCGCAAAUGUCACCUGCCUCCAGUAUUACUGCGAGAACUGCUGGGCCCAGAUCCACGCUAGGCCAGGAAGGGAGUUCCACAAACCCCUCGUGAAGGAAGGGGCUGACCGGCCCCGUGCUGUGCCCUUCAGGUGGUGUUAAAGAGGCUUGUGUUAGGCUGACUUGAAGUGCUUGGAUUUUUUUCAGUGGGCUAUGUGAAGAUGCAUCCAGUUGCAAGGGACAGAUUCACAGUUUGGAAGAUUGUUUUUUAUUGGAACAGAGAGGAUUUGUCAAUACAUUUUGUCUGCAUUUUAUUUUAAAUUUUGUGUUCAGCAUUACUAUGACGUCCAGAACUACAGCAAUUGUUUCUCAAAACGUAACAUAUUUGUUUGACAUUUUCACAAUCAUUUGGUCUCUUAAGAAUUGAAAUAUUGACAAUGGAAGUAUUGUAAUUUUGUGCACACCCAAACAAUAGUGAAGAAGUCAAUGAUGUCUGUUUUGUUGGUUUUCAUUAAGGAUACUUUAUUAAUGAUAACAAGAGAGGAUUUCUGUGGUGCUGGACUGAUAAGAAAUGAGAUGAUGACAAAAUCAUGGUUUAUAAAUGAGGAAAAUCUUAUAAAUAUGAUUUAUAAGUAUUAUUACGUGAUUUAUUUAUGUAAAAUUUUGUUAUUAUGAAUUAUCUUUUUUUUUUUAUGAUACAACAGAUGCUUUUAUUGAACUUUCUUUUUUUAGAUAUCAUUUUGGUUGUUACAUGUACAAGUAAUGAAUUGAAUAUAUUUUGUAUAUGAUUUUCAUUGCAUCCAAAAGUGUACUUUGUUUGGUUAAUUGGGUUCCAUUGUUUGAUGAUUACAUUUUGUAUGGAUUGAAUGGGUUCACACACCUGUGUAAGGAAAAUAUCCCCAGUGUUGUUUGCAAUCAUGAAAUCCUUCCAUAGCUUGCAUGUUUUCAAUGUACAGCAUGCAGCUUUCUACUUUCAUAACACUGGAAAGGUUCUCACAUUUUUGCACUUUUAUAUUUUGGUAUAGGAAAGCAGAAAAUAAAAAAUCUAAAAAAAAAUCAUAAUUUAAUUUUCAAAAUAUUGUGUGAAUGCUUCCAAAAUCUGGCCCAGAGGUUUAUUUAUAGAUGUAGAAGGAAUAUAUUUUUAUGUUGUAUUUUUUUCCAUACCCUGAUAGUAAAUUUUGCAGAUUUUGUCAAGUUUUUAACAGAAUGUAUGUGCAGACUUUUUUUGUGUAUACAUGGUUUGGAUAUUGUAGUUAACAUUCCAUUUUGUAAUUUUGAAGUUUCAUUGGUAAUUUGGCGUUUAUUUGGGGUUCAAAAUCAGUACGCAAGUUUGUUUUGUGUUUUUGUUAUAUGUAACGACGCAUGUAUUUAACAAUUCAAGUAUGUGUCUUUAUCCCAGAAAUUUUGUGUAGCUUCAUAAUUAUUUUAAAGGA